AUGCCACGCGCCGAGGCAGGUAGCACCAAGGCUAUCGGAAAUAAGAUCAAGUCCAAAGGACUCGGAAGAUUGCGAUGGUACUGCCAGGCUUGCGAGAGACAGAUGAGAGAUGAGAAUGGCUUCAAAUGUCAUACCCAAACGGAAGCGCACGUUCGCCAGAUGAUGCUUAUCGGCGAAGACCCGCGCAAGCACAUAGCAAACUACAGCCGAGACUUCGAGAAAACCUUCAUAGAACUUCUUCGGACCACACAUGGUACCAAGUCAAUCAACGCGAAUCACUUUUACCAACAAAUUGUCUCCGAUAAGGAACAUAUUCACAUGAACAGUACGCAAUGGAAGAGUUUAUCGCAAUUCGUGGCACAUCUUGGAAGAGAAGGAAAAUGCCGAGUGGAAGAUACAGAGAAAGGUCUAUUCAUUGCAUGGAUCGAUAAUAGUCCGGAGACACUGCGUCGUCGGGAAGCGGUCUUGAAAAAAGAACGACAAGAAAAGGGUGACGAAGAACGAGAACAACGUCAGAUUAAAGAUCAGAUCAAAAGGGCUGCUGCAUUGGCUAAGCCAGAAGAAGAAAAUCCCGAGGAAAAGCUGCUGCAAAGGAAGGAAGGCGAGAAGAUCAAGUUGGAUCUUGGAUUUGGCGUGAAGAAGACUGAGCCAAAGCCUGAUGAGGCUACUACUACAACCACAACGCCCGCGACCCAAAACACCAAAUCUCCUGAAUCAACAGAUGUCCCAGCUGAAACUGUUGACUCGCCUGCAACAUCUGCCCCGGCGCCUGCCAAGAUUUCCAUGUCGCUUGGGGCCCAGAAACCGAAGAAUGUGUUUGCUGCGGCUAAGAAGAAUCCAUUAGCAGGGAAGAAGGGCAAUGUGUUUGCGCCUCCGAAGAAAAUGACUGAACAGGAACGCAUUAUGAAAGCCGAAAUGGAGGCGAUGGAUCGGAAGCGGUCUCGUCCGGAUUCUGGGUUCAUGAACAAGCGUCCAAAGAUGGCUUGA